CUGUUGCUGUUUAAAUCACUCCCAGCAGCUCCUAGGGUCAGCUGCUCCUGCCUCCCUCCCUCCUUUCGUCUACUUGCGUUGCUCUCUCCCUUCUCUCUUUCCCGUUCCCCCCUUUUGGAUUCAGGGGCUGCUCCCACUCACCGCCUCGAGACCAAAGGAGCAAAGCCAGCCAGGUGUCCUCUUCCAUAGCUCCAUUUUCGUAUACCCCCUUCGGAGAAGAAACCAACUCAAAGCCAGCCACCAUGGAGGCCAUCAAGAAGAAGAUGCAGAUGCUGAAACUGGACAAGGAGAACGCCAUCGACCGGGCCGAGCAGGCGGAGACCGACAAGAAGGCGGCGGAGGACAAAUGCAAGCAGCUGGAUGACGAACUGAUGGAUCUGCAGAAGAAGAUGAAGCAGACGGAGGAUGAGCUGGACAAGUACUCAGAGGGCCUGAAAGACGCUCAGGAGAAGCUGGAGCUGGCUGACAAGAAGGCAACGGAUGCGGAGGGUGACGUAGCGGCUCUGAACCGCAGGAUUCAGCUGGUGGAGGAGGAGCUGGACCGGGCCCAGGAGAGGCUGGCCACCGCGCUUCAGAAGCUGGAGGAGGCGGAGAAGGCCGCGGACGAGAGUGAGAGAGGAAUGAAGGUGAUUGAGAACCGGGCCAGUAAGGACGAGGAGAAGAUGGAGAUUCAGGAAAUGCAGCUUAAAGAGGCCAAACACAUUGCUGAGGAGGCAGACCGCAAGUAUGAGGAGGUGGCUCGUAAACUGGUGAUCCUGGAGGGAGAGCUGGAGAGGGCGGAGGACAGGGCCGAGGUGUCAGAACAUAAAGCCGGUGGGCUGGAGGAGGAGCUGAAGAAUGUGACCAACAACCUUAAGUCUCUAGAAGCCCAGUCCGAGAAGUACUCUGAGAAGGAAGACAAGUACGAGGAGGAAAUUAAGGUUCUCAGUGACAAGUUGAAGGAGGCUGAGACUCGUGCUGAGUUCGCCGAGAGGACAGUGGCCAAACUGGAAAAAUCCAUUGACGACCUGGAAGAGCAAUUAUCAAGCGCCAAAGAAGAUAACCUGGGUAUGCAUCAAGUUUUGGACCAGACUCUGCUGGAGCUCAACAGCUUAUAAACACAUAAGAGACGAAGAGGAUGACAUAGAGUCACGUUACAUUCCAUCAAUGUUCAACAUAUUCCACACUUUCAGCUGGAUAUAUUUUUCCUCCAGUGAGAAAACAGGGUGUUAACUUAAAACUUGUAUCCUGAUGUUUUUUUGUUUUUUGUUAAUUCUUACUUAUUUUAAGGCACAGCUUUCUUUAUGUCUUUUAAAAUUACAAAAUCAUUCCAACACCAUUACAUUUAUUGAGUUCCUCCUUCUUUUGGCAUUUUCUUCAACACUCUUUGACCACUUUUAUACGAACAAUGGACAAUGAAUAUAUGCCUGGCCACUCAAGACAUUUAUUUUUAUCACCCAUGCCAUAUUAUAUAGUGGAUGACAUGAUUUAGCUCUCUUUACGAAUGGCUCUUUAGUGCCAUCUAGAGUAUUUUUGGAUGAAAGUCAACUGUUUCCCUCAUAAUGGUGAUUGAACGUAUGCUCAUUUUUGACAGCCCAGUAAACUUUGUUGUUUUAUCUCUCCUUUGAUUGUUUGGCUGGUGACGGUUUUGCAAUUUCUAUCUCUUUGUUGCUCCCUGUUCUAAAAAUAUUUUAGUGUCAGCAUCGUCAAAUUGUGGUUUCAAUGGUCAAAGCAAAACUAUGCUAUCAGUCAUUAGCGCCCGCUGUUUCACAAUCAAACAGGCCUAUGCAAAAAAAUUACGCAUCCAUAAUUUAAUAACAAAAACAACAUUUUCUUUCUCUGCAAAUAUUAUUAGAUUCCUUGGUCUAAAACGGAUCCAAUCAAACAGACUCUGUAAAGACCGGGUACUAUGUGAUCUAUGGUAAUCAGCAAGAGCCUGUAUAUUAUCUAGUCUGGUAGUUAAGGCCUGUGCACCAGUGUGUACAACUCCAUUAGUACCACUGCCAGUUCGGUUUGAUUACUCAGCAAACCCAAACAGAUGGAGAUGUUUCCCAGUAUUCGAGGUUGGGGGUCAUCUUUGAGGGAGCCCAAAACCACUGGAAGUCCAGUUUUAUAAACCAUCAACAUUUAUUGUAUAUAGUAGAAUAAUGUUAGGUAUUUCAAUUAGAAAUUUCAUUCUCCAAUUUUCUCAUACAGUUUUGACAGGUGACGAUUGAAACCAAAGAAUUCCUGUAUAGGAACCAAUGAAACUUAAAAUGUUUUGUUUAUGAAGUACAUUGUGUAUGUAUCUCACUCUUUUCGCCAUGAAAACACAUUUGACAAAAUCUGUUUUUAAAUGUCUUUAUUUGCUCCCCUGCCUCCCCGUUUCAAUUUAAUUAAAAAUGUUUUUUACACAAAA